CUGAAUGGCGUCCACGGGUGUGAAAGUGAUGGCACCGGCCACAACAUUCCGUUCAGUUUUUUUCACUUUUUAUGAUAUACUUGUGACUUCCGUGAGAAUAAAACGCAAACCUCCGUCACAAACAAUUAUUUUCGACAAUUCAGUGAACAUAAAAAUCAAUUCCUCGAGGAUUAUGAAAAGAACUGUCAAUUGGAGGGAGAGAUAACCUCACGUCCCCAGCAUUGUCAUAUCAGUGUUUUUUUAAAUGUGUAAUUGUUAGGAAUAAGUGUUGAACAUUCAUUUGGAAGUUAACGGCGCAGUUAAUUACGAUUUCCAGAUUUUCUGGAAAAAUAUUUUAUUUAUUGAUGCGAUGAAUAAUUCCGGAAAUUUCGAGGAUCAGGACCCUGAUUAUGCAGCUCCUGGACCAAGUACGAGUUACCAACAGAAGAUUUAUGAAGAGACCGCCCGCACAAACACCUCUCGCAAAAUUACAUCGAUAAUCGACCGCGAAUUUUCUCGCGAAAUCGACACGAAGGAAAAAGAAAUUCUCGAAAUCCAAGAAAAACUCGACAAGGCUCUAAAAACCCUCCACUUUCUCCGUUACGUCAUAAUUUCUGACUUCUACAACCGCAAACAAUGUCUCUCGAACCCUCCACCAGAAGUCAAACAGGUGAGAUUGCAUCCGGCAGUGCGUUCCGCCACGGGGAAAUCCCCCAAGGUCCAAAGCGAUACUCCAUCCAUAUUUCCCCCCAAGUUAUCUUCUCCCAAUCUUCUAAAACCCCCGCCAGACCUAGAAACUCCCAGCGCUCCCUUAACCGAAAGCUUUCCUAACGUGCUUCCCCCCGGAACCUCCUCUCCCCCUGUCACCGACCUCCAGGACCUUCCCAGGCCCUUGAAAAGGUCACCCGCCAAGACUGACCCCUCCUCAGAGCCUCCCAGAAAGAUUCCCCGAUACGUACCCCCGAAGACCUCUCAACCAGAACCAAAAAUCCCCUCCCGAGGUGUCCGCCACAAGAGCCGCAAGCGAAUAGUCGUUGGGAACAUAUCAAAAUGGAUUCCCCCAGACUGGCGGGAGGACGCAGCCUCCCACAAGUGGACCAUGUACGUCAGAGGAACUAAGGAGGACUCCGAUAUAUCGGAUGUUGUAUCGAAAGUUCGAUUUUUCCUUCAUCCAAGCUAUCGACCCAACGACGUCGUCGACGUCAUCUCUCCUCCAUUUCACUUAUGCAGGAGAGGAUGGGGAGAAUUCCCCUUAAGAGUCCAACUCCAUUUCAAGAACCGAAAUAACAAGCCAAUGGAUAUCAUUCACCAUCUGAAGUUGGAUAGGACGUACACGGGACUCCAGACCCUCGGAUCGGAGACCGUCGUCGAUAUUUGGAUUAAUACACUCACGUGUGAGCUUUCCGACAACAAAAUGGUAUCUCAGAACGGUGUAAAACAGGAGGGAGAUUCUCCAGGGCUCCCUCAGCACCCCCUCGGGAUUAAAGAGGAGAAAAAUGAUGAGGAUGACGUUAGGAUGCUCUCUCACGUCCACCUUGACCACGAUUACGCGAGCUUGGGAGGGCCUGAGGAGGGAAACGUUACCAUUGCUCAUUCUCCGGAGAAAGGGAACGAAGUCAAUCACCAAAAUCGUGUCAACGGGACUGUCACUGAUUCUUUGGCAUCCUUGGAGGCUAAAAAUCCUCCGAAAAUUAUUCAAAAUGGUGGAUCUCCUAGGAAAAAUAAUUCCAUUCUAAAUUCGGAGGGUGAAAGCCGUCCGAAAAUCAUUGAAAACGGUUCUUCAGUGCUGGAGCCUUUAAAAAUUACGAUUCCGUCCCACUUUCAGUCUCUGAACGUAAAAAAACCGUCGGAGACGUCACUGCCCCCCAAAAUAGUCGUCUUGAAAGACAAUAAUGACAGGGUUAUCAAGCUAGAUAUGAAUACAACCAAAAAAGCCAUCAGUCUCCUCAAGAAUCCGCGAGCCGCCGUCAACCUGGUCCUCGAUUCCUCAAAGAGUGUAAUCCUGAAUUCCUCCACGAACAUUCCCGUCCUGAAGAUCGCCGAUUCCCAGACGAGACCACCGACUCCCCGGGACAAGCCAAACGGCAAAUUCCCCCGGGGCAAAGUAACUAUUGGGAAGGAUAAAACGAAAUUAGGAAGCAAGAAGGAGUUAUACGAUGGAAUUCUCAAGAGUCUCGAGGAGGUGAAGAUUUCUAGCGAUGUGGAGGGCAUCAUGAGGUUCAUAAUGAAAAGAAUGCCGAUCGUAUCACCUCACUCGGGCGAUCCUGAGUACCGGAGGCUGCAUCCCUACGUUUGCGGAAGUGACGAGGAGUUCCUGGGAUUCAAUCCUGGAAAGCAGAGGGCGUUGGAGUGGUACAGGGCCAAGGAAGUCCGCAGCCUGUUGCGCAAAAGAAGCGUCGACGAGGAGGAGAUCUGGACGGUUAAGGAGAUCAUGCUGUGGUGUCGACUGCAUGGAUUUACCCCCGUCAGGGGUGGAGGAGGAGGGAAAUCGGAAAUAAUCGUGGAUGUGGGCGAUGGGGGAGAGGAAUUCAACACCUGUACGGAGCCCGUGGAGUUUAUGGAGUGGCUGCAGGAGGGAGGAGAGGAGGUGGUCGAGGACGAGGAGGAGGUCGACGUGGUGGAGAUCGGGGAGGAGAAGAUAAGGAGAGGGAUCGUCCAGGAAGACAAGGAGAGGGGAGUGAUGAUGGAGGUGCCGAAAUCAGCUGAGCCGAUCUAUUCCUAUGUUUGCGGGAGUGUGAGGCAAGUCGGAGUUAAAUUAGCUGAGGAAGAGGUGGCAGAGGGGGUGCUGCACAACGCUGCUGGACGAGUAUUGGCUAAGGCUGUGGAGUGCUUCAUGGAAAAUCUGCUCAGGUGCUCACUGGCUCAAUCUUUCGAAAGAACGGGGAAUGGAAGAUGCCCUGAGAAAAUAAGUUUAGAAGAUGUACGAGCUGCUAUUGCUAGCAGAGAUGAAUUUGAUAUUUUCACGAACAACGGCCUUGGAACACAAAAUGCCGAUUGAUUUUAAUCCCAUCCGACAGGAAUAUUGAAAGUGUCGAUCUCCUUCCGCAAAAAAUCAUAGACUGGCUUGAAAUACCGCGUAAGGGGCUCUACACGUAGUUUGGAUUCACUCGUCAAUUUUUGUAAUGCAUCGGGGAGCUCCACAGUACUGCCCAUCUUCAUCAGGCUCCUGAAGCGAAAAGAGUUUAUUUGAAGAUUGAAAUUUAAUUUUAUCUGUUGGACUUUCAUUGAAUAUUAUCCUUCUACAAUUUGUAAAUGAUGAAACUGGAAUACAUGUGAUUUUUUCAACGAAUUUUGUACAUUGUACAGCGAAAUUGAUGAUGAAAUAUAAGUUUUUCAAUUUUUUUGAC